AUCGGAAUGUUUCGCCCACUUUAAGGAAAACAUCGAGAGAACGCUAAAUACACUGACCACUUGAUGGUCAGGUUGACCGUUGACUAGACAAAACAGAGGACGACAUGCCUUCGGAGUCAUUUACAGAUGUUCUUCCGGGAUUCACAGGGGAGUGUAAUCCAGAUAUUUUCAACCUGAAAGCGAAGCCGAAUGUUACAGACAAGAAACCUGGCCAACUUCCGGACCAUAUGAUAAAACAAUACUUUGAAGAUGGUUAUGUGAUCGUGAAAGACUUCUUUACUAAGGAAGAAUUGGAACCAUGCAGAAAGGCUAUCGAAAGAUUUGUUGAUCAGCUGGCUCAAAAAUUAUAUGAAUCUGGGCGAAUAAAAUCGCUCUACAGUGAGUACGGAUUUUUUGAACGCUUGUCGAAGAUUGAAAAAGACUUUCCUGGAGCUAACAUAGUUCUACACAAAUACGGAGUUUUGCCACAGGCCUUUAAAGAUCUUUGGACCAAUGAGCGUUUGCUGAACGUUGUGGAGCAGCUGAUUGGUCCAGACAUUGCUGGGCAUCCAGUUUGGAAUCUGCGCACUAAAACACCCCAGAACGAGGCUACAACAGUUCCUUGGCAUCAGGACUCUGCCUAUUUGGAUCGAGAAUCGUACAAAGUCCUCCAGCCUACAGCAUGGAUUCCUCUUCUAGACGCCAAUGCUGACAAUGGAUGCAUGCAGGUUGCACACAGAGGUCACAAGACCGGUAAAGUUGCUCACCAUCAGUGUUGCUACGGAAAGACGUGGUAUGUUAUGUUGGAGGAAGAGGAAAUGGCCAAAACAUUAGAAGUAGAUUUGGACAAAGACAUCAUUACCUGCCCAGUUCCCUAUGGUGGAAUGUUACUGCUAAACAAUAUGAUACCUCACAGAAGCUUGCCGAAUAUGUCAGACAAGAUCCGUUGGAGCCUUGAUCUCCGUUGGCAAAAACCGGAUUAUCCCUGCGGAUUUUAUGGAAUGAAGAACCACCUUCUUUUCAGGACGUCCAAGGAUCCAGACCAUAAGAUCGACUGGACAGGAUUUGAUGGAGAUGACCGCUGGUCUAAACAGAAGGAAUCAGUCAAAGACCUCCAAGACGUACUUCCGAAUGUAGAAGACGCAGAUUUUGACACCACUAUCCAGGGUCCAUGGAUGAAGAAAUGGGACCUCGUCCAUCAUAACCAACACACGGCCAAACUGGACGAAAGCAAACAGCUCUCCUGGCACGCCCCCACCAAAGCGUAACUUGGCCUACUUAUAAUAUGCUUCACAUAUUUCAUAUUUGACUAUAUCAUUUACAAUACGGACAUUAUAAACAUAGACUUAAAUUUUUAGGUCUCUAUUAUAAACAAUGAAUGAUUUUCAGAGAGAUAUAUACGCAUUUUAUACUGGUUUUAAAAAAAUUACAUGUCAAAUUUGUAUUUACAUGUGGGUAUCUUUCUACAGGCAUAUAUAUUUAAAAUAUAUUUCUAAUUCUGAAUAAAUUUAUAAGUCACAAAUAGAAAUACUUUU